AUGAAUCGUCUAGCUGGUCUCCAAACAAAAACUCUCAUUUUACAAAUGUCGAAUAUCGCUCAAGGAAAACCUGAAUAUUACUCUGUUGGUAUUCUAACAGUUAGCGAUACCUGCUCGCGUGAUCCGACAAAGGAUCGUAGUGGUCCUAUUCUAAAAACUCUAUUUGCAGAGACCUCACAAUUAAAAAAAACUUUUCAUGUUGUAAAAACUAAAAUUGUUCAGGAUGAUGUCUUCGAAAUACAAAAAAGUGUAAAAGAUUGGUGCGAUAUUGAAAAUUUGGAUUUAGUAGUAACUACUGGUGGUACUGGUUUUGGUGUUCGUGACGUAACUCCUGAAGCUGUUCAACCACUAUUUGAAAAAACAUGUACCGGAAUUACUCAAGCAAUGAUAAAAGCAUCUUUAGAAAAAACAGAAUUUGCUGCUCUGAGUCGACCGGUCAGUGGAAUUAGAGGCAAUACCAUAAUUUUGACAGUUCCCGGAAGUCCUAAGGGAGCAAAAGAAAACAUACAAGCUAUUUUGAAUGUUCUACCUCAUGCUAUUGAUUUGGUUAGAGGUGGAACUGGUGAAAACGUUCAUGCACAAUUGCGUGUUGAAAGUCACGAAUGUGUUCAUCACGAUCAUAAACAUAGUGAUACACAUCAAUAUUCAUCGACUUCCACCUUUGGCCCUGUCUCGCAGCGUCAACGUAAAUCACCGUAUCCAAUGAUUACAGUCGCUGAAGCAUUAAAUAUAGUUUCCGAACAUAGCAAUAUAUUAUCAUCCAUUAAAGUCCCAGUUGAUGAGAAUUUGAUUGGGAUGGUUUUGGCCGAAGAUGUGGUCGCACGUCACCCAGUGCCAGGGUAUCGUGCUUCUAUAGUUGAUGGAUAUGCUGUUGUUGCGAGUGAUGGUCCUGGUGUUUAUCCCGUAGUUGGAGUGUCUAUCGCAAAUACUUCUGAUUUACCUACUGAUAAACUACAGCCUGGUCAGAUUGCCCGGAUCACAACAGGUGGACCUGUGCCUCAUGGCGCCACAGCAGUAGUAAUGGUUGAAGAUACAACCCUAGUACGCGCAUCUGAAGACGGUCUACAAGAAGAAUCUGUAGAAGUUCACGUUCAAGUUAGUGAUGGUGCAAACAUUAGAGAAAUCGGUUCAGAUACUAGCGUUGGGACCAUUGUUGCACGAAAGGGUGAACUUUUUUCAGCAGUAGGUGGGGAAAUCGGGGUUUUGGCGUCAGUAGGUGUAAAAGAGGUUUGUGUAUACAGACGCCCAGUAUUUGGUGUUUUGUCAACUGGAAAUGAAGUUGUAGAUCACAAAAAUGCAUCCGAAUUAAAAUACGGUCAAAUAUUCGAUAGUAAUCGACCAACAUUAUUGACAAUUGCUAAAGCUACUGGUUUUGAAGUCAAGGAUUUUGGAAUUGUUUUUGAUGAUGCAAAAGAGUUAGAGAAAAAGCUAAAAGAGGCUUUAACACAGGUCGAUGUGUUAGUUUCAACUGGAGGUGUAUCUAUGGGCGAAUUAGACUUAUUUAAGCCUACUUUGCAACAAUUUUUGGGUGCAACCAUUCACUUCGGAAGAGUAAAAAUGAAGCCAGGGAAGCCAACUACUUUUGCGACUCUUCCAGCAACAGCCGAUGCACCCGAGAAGCUAAUAUUUGGAUUGCCUGGAAAUCCAGCUUCUGCCACCGUUACUUUCUAUUUAUUUGUUUUACCUGCUCUUCGGAAAUUAGCUGGUUAUGAAAAUUGGAAUUCACCCAUUUUACAAGCGGAGUUAAUGGACAAAUUAUCACUGGAUCCGCGUCCCGAAUAUCAUCGAGCCGUAAUUUUUUUCGAUCAUUCAAAAAGAAAGUUUAUGGCAACUUCUACAGGACAUCAAAUAAGCAGCCGCAUGCUUAGUUUGAGAAGUUGUAAUUCUUUGUUAAAGCUACCAGAAAGAACUGAUCAGUGUAAAGAAUUAGAUAAAGGAACUGUUGUGGAUGCUAUAUUGAUCGGGCAAUUGAGUUAA